AUGUUCAGCUGUUCAUUAAUAAAUAUCAUGUUUUCAGACAAAAUGGCCGCAGACAAUGAGGAACCUGAUCCUCAACCAACCUUUCAGGAGCUGAUGAAGAGCUGGGAGGAACACGUCCAGGAGAACAGUUUUGAUCCGUCUGAGAUAUUUCACAAGAUGUGCGAUAUCCUGGAGAAAGAAACCAAUGUGUACAUUGCGAGCGAUCCUGAUCCUUUCGAGGAGAGACAUCCGUCCCGUGUAGAUAACACUUGUCAGCUCGGAAUAUACUUGAAAACCUUCUUUAAGCGGGAGAACCUAGUGAAGGAAUUGUUCCAAAAGUAUCUCCGGGAAACCCACUUCAUGAAGCAAGGGAUCGACAAGAACUCAUUUGAUCUGAAUGUUGCUGCUUGUAGAUUAGUUCUGGACAUAAUGCCAGGAUUAGAGAUUUCAACACUGCAGGAAACAGACGGGUUGACGAACCAGCUUUAUAGAUGGGUAGAAACAGCUCAGGAACCUUUAACCAGCUUCGCUACAGGUAUUCUAGCCGUGGUGAUGGAGCAGCAUGAAUUUGCUUCUGAAACUGAGAUUAGAGAUAGGAACUCCAAGCUGGUUCCGGAUCUACUCAAGAAACUUAAAGAACUCCAAGUUCUGGGCGAAGAGGAGAGAAUCAAGAAAAGAGAAGAGUUAUUCAAACGCCCGUUUGCCCUGUUUUCUAAAAGUCCUCAAAAGCGAAGGAUAUCAAAGGAUUUUGAAGAAACUGGAGAUAAACCUGCGGACCAGGUUCAGGUUAAAUCCCUUGAAUCCUCCCCAGUCAACGGAUUGAGCAAGAUGGACAAGGUUGAAGAUAUGAACGGUGAAAUAUUGUCGGAAAAACAAGUAAACUCUCUGAACCCUGGUUGGCCGGGACGCUACAAGUCACCUUCCUACUCUGCAAUACCGAGUAGAGAGAGUUCCAACAGUUCCUGGGCGGAGAUGGAACUCAAUAUUAUCGGACACUUUGAGAUAUUUCCGAUCAGUACUCAGACCAAGCAGAUAUUCAUCAUGCGUCUACUUACCCCGCUAGCUGAGUAUCAGGAUUUUCUCCCGAUGGCUCAGGAAAGUCAGAUUCUUACGGUUUUGAAGAAAUAUAUUAACGUUAAAGAAACGCGGGAUGCGCGUCUUGGCUUCGAGGCAUUGAGAUUACUCGGCUCACUCUUCUGCCAUAAGAAGUUUACUCUGGAGUGGGUUUACUCAGGUGGUCUUGAUCUACUGAUGGAGAUGCCUCGCCCAUCUGUAGCUGCCACUGGAUCCGCUCUGUGCAUCUACUACCUUGCCUGUGACUCGGAUACCAUGGAGAAAAUCUGUGGUCUACCUUAUCUUACUUUAGAAAGAUUAGUCAAGUAUUGUUUGUGGUUACUGGAGUGCUCUCACUCAACAGGAAGACAAUAUGCAAUCAUGUUCUUCGGUUUAGCUUUUCCUUUCAAAGUUAUUCUCGAUAUAUUCGAUGCUCAGGACGGAUUGCGUAAACUUUAUAAUUCCCUCUCCACUCUCAAAAUUCAUGGACCACUGGACGACGCAGGGGAUUUGGAUGACGACGAAUUAUUUAUUCAACGGCAAAUGGUGAAAUCUGUUUUAAACUCGCUCAAACAAUAUUUCGAAACUCAUCUUGCUAUCCGUUGUGAGAGCGAGGUAACCCUUGCCAUGGAACAGGACGGGUUCUCUCCGGAGCCCCCCAGACCCACCUGGAUACCAUACAAACUAGAUCCCAACCAAGUCACAGAUAAAAUUGAUACAAUGCUCAAACUAAUAAACUUCAGAGCUCGAUGGCCUCCAGUCGAUGAGUUUAUAAAACUCGGUGGAGUAGAACUUUUGCUUCAAAUUAUUGUUAAAUCCUAUGACUGGAUUCAUCUGGGUAAAGAAGAAACUGUAAAGCCAGGUCUAGAUAUUCUCUCUGUUUGCUCAAUCCUUCCCAGGGUUCAACUCACACUCUGUGAGAACUUGGAAACUCCUGAGGACAAAAAUAACGGAAUUCUCAUUCUUUUAGCGUGCGCCGAAGGCGAGGUUGUGAACGAUCCUAAUGUUCAGAAAGCGGCGCUAUUGGUUCUCUGUCAUAUUAUCUGUGCUCCAAUCAGUAGACCUGGAAGCGUAAAACAUCAACCUGAGAAGAGCGCGACUAAAAGAAGAUGCUCCGAUGAUGUUAUCAACAGAGUGUGGGAAUGUUUCCGAUCUAAUAACGGUAUAAUGACCAUGCUCCAGCUAAUACAAACCAAAACACCUGUAUCAGACGCGGAUAGGAUUCGCGCUCUAGCUUGCCAAGUCCUGGUUGGAUUAGCUAGAUCUACAACUGCCACCCAGAUCAUGUCCAAACUGCCAAUAUUCAAUAACGGAGUGUUAACUAUGCUGGUGAGAGAACCCGUACUCCCGGAUAAUAUCGCAGAGCAUCAGAAAUUCCAGAAGUACGCCCAGGAACUGCUGGAAAAGGUGUCGGGUCCAGGAUCACAGAAAUCCUAUGAUAAUCAUGAUAUCACAUUGGAUAUGUUGCACAGAGCCUCGGUUGUAGCCAAUACAAAAAUCAGAUUCAAUAACAAGCAACUUUAUCAACUUAUUCAUGAACAUCUCCUACUGAGUGGACUAAAGAAAACAGCUGAAAUGCUGAGAAAAGAAGCCGAUUUUAUUCCUCUAGUAUCUGAGAAUUGUCCAGCAGUAUACUCUGGGAGUAUGGUUAGCUCCAAUACUCCUCUCCCUGCUCGUCGUCUUCUUCUCUCUCCUCCACCUAGAUCCGCCCUUACUCCGAGACAAGUAUUCACUCCUGCAUCACGAGGAUCCAUCCAGAGCAGGGUUCAGAAUAUGUCACAGAUUACUCCACAGCGCGUACCAAAUCCUAGUCUUCCUAUAAGGAUCAAUAGAACUCCAAGAUCUGCCUCAACCACUCCCUUUCAGUUAAGAACCACGCCUAAACCUUAUGAGACGGCUACCGGGGGCAAGCAAGCAACUGAACCUACGGAGCAAGAGAGAAAGGUGACCCUAACCUCCCUUGUAUCGGACUAUUUAAGUAACAAGCAUGCAAUGUGUAAAAACCCCAUGACAACUUGUCCUGAAUUCGACCUUUUCUUGCCACAUAAAUGUCCGGAUAAGAGAUCUAAACGAGAAGCUCCGACAAACUUUGCCGCCCGGCAAGUUUUGAAGCGUCAUCUUCCACCUUUCGGGGGACCAGGAGGAGCAAAGUUGGAUAGGAAACUUCUUUACUCUAGGUUUAGACCCGUCAAAGUAUUCCGAGCUUCAGGAGACGAGAGAGAUAGUAAUAUGUUCACGUGCUGUGCGUUCUCUGGGGACGGAUUAUUCAUGAUGGCUGGAACUAGUAUGGGGGAGAUGAAGAUGUAUAAUAUUAACUCAGGAGAUGAGAGUACCUAUCAGAUUCAUGAGAGUUCAGUAAACCACAUUCAGCCAAGCAGAGAUAACAAACUAGUUCUUACAAGUUCAUCUUGGAGACAACCCUUCUCAAGAAUGUGGUCCACGGGGGAGUUCUUCGACGAGAAGUGUGAAUACAAGGAAGAGGAGUAUGUUGAGUUCUCUAAGCUGAUCCAGGAUAAGGUUAUUGGAACUAGAGCUGAUGGAGUUGCAACUGUUUAUGAUGUUAAUACUAGUCAACAAGUUCGACUUCUCAAACCUAGAUAUUCAAACGAAUAUCAUCAUAACCGGGCGUGCUUUGAUCCAACAGACGAACUUAUUCUCUGCGACGGAGUUCUCUGGGACUACAGGAUGAAACGAGAGAUUCACAAGCUAGAUAAACUAAACCAAAACCUUAGCGGAGUUUUCCAUCCCUCAGGGUUGGAGAUAAUUAGCAACACCGAGGUCUGGGAUAUCAGAACUUUUCACCUGCAACGGACUGUUCCACAGCUGGAUCAGUGUAGAAUAGUGUUCAAUACUGCGGGAGAUGUAAUGUUUGGUUUACAACUAGAACAAGAGUUUGAUGAUGAACCCAAGUUUGAUACAUCGUUCAGAACCUUUGAGUGCAGUGAUUACUCGAGUAUAGCAACUAUAGAACUAAAGAAAUCUGUUUUGGGUCUCUGCUCGAGUUGGAAUGAUUUAAAUAUUGCUGUGGUUGAGCAGGGAAGCUUAGAUCUGGUUGAGAGUGUGGUUCGUCUCUAUGAUGUUGGUCGAGUCCGAGAUCUGGAAGAGGAUCAGGAGGAUGGAGGAGAUGAGGAGGAGGAAGAUCAGCCUGAUUUCUCAGAUAUGCAAGAUGAUGAUGAUGAUGAUAAUGAUUUUUUGAACGACAGUAUAUUUGGAUCCAAUUCCAACUCGAACUCAGAGGAUGGAGAUGAUAUAGAGAUGGAUCUCGAUGAAGAGAACAAUGAGGAGGACAAUGAAGGGGAUGAGGAUGUUGUUGAUGAAGAAGAUGAAGAUGUCGAGGAUGAGGAUGCAGUAGAAGAUGAUGGAGAUGAUUCCUGGGAAGAUCUUUAGAAGCUAAAAUUAGAGAAUAUUUAACAGGAAAAUUGUGAUAUUUUUUUUAUUUUUUAUGAAAAUAUACAAAAUUUAAAUAAUUUUAAUAAUUUUACAUAUUA